GGUACACCGCCGCGGUGUACGUAGUGCCGGCCUUGAUCAUACCAUCAUUGUCUAAAUUCUAAAUACUAAAUACGCGACGUAAAUAUGAAAAUUAUUUGAAUUAGGCCUAUUCUAAAUUAUUUAUAAAAUAUUAAAACAACAAAUGGCUAUUGUUGAGACUAAUACCCAUGACGUCAUUUGCGUGUUUAAUAAAUAUUUGUGCAUGAGCUAUUCCCCUUUAUUCAUUUUAUAAUUGGCGGAAGUGAUGAUGACGUGUUUCCUAUUAAAAUUUUAAUUGGUUGAUUAUUUAUAAUUUUAAAAUAUCAUUGGUCGUACAUUUUAACCACUUUUUUUGGAGAGUCUUUUUGGAAGAAAUGGCCGACGUGGAAGGCAAAAGUAGUGAAAACAUUUUAUAUGACUUGUCUGUGCUUUCUGAGUGGAGAUAUGACAACGAACUCUUUGUAAGCUUGUUAUUUGUUGAGCGAUUCUAGAUAAUGGAAUAUUUUCACCGGUACAAAUUUCUUGAAUACAAAUGUGACAUAUUUAGUCUAAAAGACAUAGUAAAGUGAAAGUGAAGACAAUGUACUGUACAGUAAAUUAAAUUGAGUAAAAAGUAAAAGUAAUUUAUACUAUUUCUAGUUUGUAAAAGUGAAAGUAAAGGUAUAGUAAGUAAAGUCUAUUAUUAUUUCUGGAGGUUAGGCUAAAUACAACUAACUGUAACUGGUUCUGGGUUCUUAACUUAAACAGUAAACUAAACUCAACUAUAUUGACUAAUAAUACCUACUUUUGUUGUGUAAAAGGUCACAUUCUUCAUUCACCUAUCAUGGCAAACAAGGUGUUAGCGGGGUAAAAAACAACAACAUGUCUGCUAAAAUUUUGAGGGGAAAGGGAGAGAAUGUGCUGGUUUAGCUAUUUACAGAGUCAGAGAGAAACGAAAAUAAGAACAAAGCAUUAAAAUUUAAUUAAAUAAUUUUAGCCAGAAGCCAACAUAAAAUGUUGUUAUUUGUUCCAGAUUCGUAAUAGCCGUGAAAAAACCAAUGCAUCACUAAUUGGAAGAACUUCAUCAUUGGUGAGACGUGAGUAUAUUAUUUUGUUGUUUUGCCUAAAUACUCUAUUGUAACUUUUUUUUUUUUUAGUUUGGUCUGUUGCCAAGUUUUAAAAUGAUACUUUCAUUAUUAUCAGACUUAUUGAAUUCCAGAAAAUUUCUUCAGUCUUUUGUCUUUUGUAGCGCUGUUGAACAUCAUUUACUCUUACAACAUAACCAAUAAAAUAAGGGCAAAUGUCUUGUUUUCAACAUUAAACAAUCAUUGCAUUCACUAUGGAGAACCAUUAAAACACAUUAAGGCUAGGACUAUACAAUGAUGUUUAUUUAACCAGAAAUUAGGGAAAAAUAACAACAAGUCUAAUAGGUUUCACCAUGUCAACUUGUUUAGAGUCUUAAAUUUUUGGAUUCAGGCUUUAGACAUUAAUUAAAACUCAUUUAUUUAGCAUCAUGAUACUCAUUAAAGAUUUAUUCUUGGAAAGUAAAAAAUAUAUCUUUUAAAUAUAGUCCAGAAAUCUGCCUAUGUAUUCCUUAGUUGGCUAUUUAUUCAAUCAUUUGUAUGAUUUAUGUUUUUACGUCAUUAAAAAAAGUUAACAUUUUAUUUGAAAAAAAAAAGCCGGAAGGCUGUUCAUUAACGCUUUCGCUGCAACGCAAUGCACAGUGCAUUCGUCUGCCACUCUAUAAGCACGGACCAAUGGGCUCUGCAUUGUUUCAAUAUCAUCUUUGUUUCUUUGCUAUUUCUCCGUUAAACUUUUUUAGAGCUAUUUUAAAAUAAGACUUUUACAUAGCAGAGGGGUACUUAAUUGUUUAUAAGCAAAACCAAGGUUUAUUUGUUGUCAUUUGAAGCAUUGUUUUAAUAGUUUUCUUUGCUAUGGCUACCCUAGACCCUAGUAGGUGGGAAAGUUUUCUAGACAAUUAACAGCUGAGAAAGCUUUGGAAUUGUUUUAUACUAUUUCUUUUGAUAGUGAAGAUGAUUUAUAUUUAGAUCCAUCGCCUGAUUCCGAUAGUUGUAGUUUUAGAGGAUUUGAGUUAUAGAAGUGAAGAUGAGGAAUGCGUACAUCAUAGGGUUUGGAGAAAAAUGGUUUUGCACAUAAUGUUUUCACAUUUUAUGGUUCUUUUCUGUUACUUAUUUGAUUUAAACUGAAGGAAUAAGGUUACAAACAUAUAGUCCAUUCAGUUAUCUUUCAUUUGAUACCAAGUUUAGUCUCUUAAAACAAACAAUAAUAUUUUAAAUAUUUUUUAAUAAACGCAACCUCUCACUCUUUUUCACUCUUGUAAAAAGAUGUUGAUAAAAAAAUUCCGCAGCGAAAGAGUUAAACUAAAGUGAUGAGAAAAUAUUUGCUUUAAAAAAAAAAUAUUUAGAUCUUUUGAAUCUUUGUAACAAAGUGAAGUAGAUCAUCCAGAAUUGUCUGAUGAUUUAUGUGAAUGACUCCCAAAGGAAGAUUAUAUCAAAUUAAAUUUUGCAUAGCAUAUUUUAUAUCAUUAAUGUAUUUGAUAUAAUAAUCACAAUAUGAAUGUUAAUAAGAAGUGUUGUAUCUUCACAGGUACAUCAUGGACCUUCUUACGAAGUGUUGGUAUAGCCGUGCAGUAAGUAUAAAUUCAAACAUAUUCUUUUGGAAGCUGGUCACUACAUGUUUAUGCCAUCCAUAAAUGAUGUCGCACGGGGGGGGGGGGGGGGGGGGGGGGGGAUCAGAUUUUUGUAACGAUGUUUGACGAGGGGAAGGGGGCUUAAGCAAUGUGACGUCACAUGAAAUGUGGAAUAUUGUGGUAAGGAAUUGGGCUUAAAUUACAGACAUUCUUAACAUUAUUCUUUUAUAAAACAAUAAUUAUAAUUAUUUUAUUUUUAAACUACAAUCACUGAGAGAAUCAGUACAGGUAUGCUAGGUCAGAAAAAUGACAUCUGAUUAAGUUACAGGACGCCACGAUGGAGGAGAAUCGGGAUGUAGUUACAAUGACAGGCGUGAGAAUUUAUGAUUAAAUGUGGACAUGGGAGUGAUACUAUUAGGACUACCAAGUGAAGUGUGAUGGAAGGAAAAAAAAGGUUGACAGGGGGCGCGGGUGGGGGGGGGGUAUCUUAGUAAAUGAUCUAGGGCGGGGAUUCUUAACCUUUUUUGCAACGUUGCAGGCCCACUCCGUUUUAAACACCCCCUUCCCCUGUAAAUAGUAAAUACGCAAUUUUUCAAUUUGGUGUCACCCCCUGAGGUCCACACUUUGCACCCCACUAGCUAUGCCUCUGAAAACAAUUUUCUGGUCUUCCACACCUCAGGGCUGGGGAGGUACUCAAUUUUCUGGUCUUCCACACCUCAGGGCUGGGGAGGUACUUUUACCCUUGGUUAAGAACGACUGCUCUAGUGAAAUGUUUCUGACACAGGUGCAACAAUUUGAUAUCCUUGGGAGGCUAAUUUCUUAAGGAUUUGUAAAGGACAGUAGUGGACAUAGGGACUUUUUGUAAGGGGGGGGGGGGGGGGGGAGAUUUGUGAUAUUAUUUUUGGGGGGGGGGGCAAAUUUUUUGUGACAUUAUAUUUGAGCGGGAGGUCAAAUUUUUUGUGACAAGGGGGGGGGGGUUAAAAAAAUCAUGAACAUUUGCGUGACGUCAUUUAUGGAUGGCCCCUAGGCCCUUUAGAGGAAAUAAUCUUCACAGUGGAGAGUAUUUCACAAGGCCUAGGAUUUCAUUGAAUAUAUUUGCUUUGGUUAUUUUAGUCAAAUCUCUUUAAUCAGAAUAGUGUCAUUCAUUAAAAUAUAUUGUUUUAAACUAACAAAAUUUUAAAAAACAAUAUCUGAAGAACAAUAAGUAUGAGAGAUUGAAAUUUAAAGGUAAUCUCUUCUUCUUUCUUUAAGCAAAAAAAACUGUUUUUAAUACUUUUAAAGCCUCACAUUUUGUAUACAUUUUUUCAUCUUCUGUUUGUGUAGGAUGCCAACACCUUGUAUUUUACCAGAGCAGCUGGUAAAACUUAGAAGUAGUCAAAUUGCUUGGAAAAUUGCGGUCAGCAGGUUUGUUAUUAAGAUAAAGGACAUUAGCCUUCUUAUGUUAGUAUAGGGAAUUCUCAGAUGUUUAAUUUGAGAGCCGUUUAUAGGGCAAAUUUAUAAAUAGUCUAACUAGUUUACCAAUCCCUUGAUUUUAUUUUUUGGUCAACAACAUUACACACAAACAACUUCCAGAUGAAUUUAUUUUAAAAGAAUAGUCAAAGAAAUAAGUAAUUUGAGUAGACAUUGCAAUCCAACUUGAAUCCAUUCGUUUUCUAAGACAAUUUUUCCCCUUUAGACCUGGAUUAGUCCAACACUAGUCCCUCAAAAUAUGGAUCCCAGUCCUUUUCUUAAAGUUCUCAAACCACCUCCUCCUUUUUUUUAGCACUAGUACCAGGCAUGCCUAUCACUAAAUCACCGCGAAUGACCUUGGUUUUCUGAAAAAUUACUGUCUCAGAAAUCACAUAAGCCAGCCAGCUGUUUUUCUUCAUCAAAAUAAUGAAAUUUUUCCACUUUUUGAUCUUUUAGAGGUCAGUGUCAUAACCCAUUUACCCACAUCAGCUUCUUUGACAGCUUCUUCUUUUUUUUUUUAAAUCGUACAAGUUAGGCAUCCCAACGUAGUAGCUAAAUCAUCCAUACGUAUCAUGAUUUCAUGCUCUAUGAUAAGAUCUUUCUAAACUGCAAUGUUAACACUAGCAGCUUUCCCCUUACUCUUAUUUUCCUCACUACACUUUUUAGGAUCCAUGAUGAAUACACUUAUUAUAUAAAACAUAACACAAAAUAGGUGUAAAAGCAGUGAAAUCACACAAGAUGCUUUCAAUGCAGCCUCUGACAAUGAAGUGAAUUGCAAAGUGUAUGAUUGCCGGUUGACCCAAGUGCUGAGGAAGCACAUUUCGAGCAAAUAUUUGCUGAAAUUUCUAUUCUGAUUUCAAGUUGUUAAAGUUCUGAUGAUUUCAAAUCCCAAGGUCCCACCAUAUUUAUUUAAACCUUUGACAUUUAAAUUAUUUUACUUUGGUGGUCAUUAGCUCUUUAUAUUCUUUUUUCAGCUUGGGUAACUUUGUUGCCAUUUUACAAGAAAAUGGCAUAGAAAUCAGGUAAAAGAAAAAUUAUUAAUAUUCUUUUAAGGGAAAUAAUUUUUAAAAUUAUGGUGCAUGAUUUUAUUUUUAAAUAGUCACGUUUAAUCAACAAUGUGAAGUUUAUAAAUUGUUAAGCUAUUCAAAUGAUAAACUUAACUAGACUCCUGGAAAUCAAAGUGUGUCCUUAUUUGCGAAUUAGAAUAUUAAACAUCGAGAAGGAAGAUUUAAAAAAAAUGCUUAUUUUAUGAAGGACUCAACGUGACAAUCUAGAAAGUGUAUUUGGACGGAAUAGCUGUUUUCAAGAUCCGUGUCCUCAGUGGCGCUGUGUGGUUUGGAGUGAAGAUGAAACCAUAUUGGCAUGCAGUCAAAGUAAUGGAGCAGUGGAUUUUUUUGAUAUACUUGGCUCUCUCCUGUUUACCAUUCCAGGUGUAAGUGGAUACUCUUAUUUUUACAGUUUCAACAUUUUUGAGCAUUUUCUUUUGUGAAUUCAUGUUUUUAGGAGUAAAGCAAAAUCUAAAAUCUACUUGUGUUUGCGGAUAAUUUUAAGCUUUAUCACCAAAUAACCCUCUUAUAUUUAGAUUUACUAGUAACUUUUUGAUUGAAACAAAAUAUAAUGGGGAAAAGCAAAAACUUAUUGCACAUUACAGCUGAUGGUACUUAAAUGAUUUAACAUUAAUUGAAAGAUGUUAUUCUGUUACGCAGCCCUGAGAAAGCUGCUCCUAGGCAACUGUUUUGUCCCAGCUACUUCGCAAACUAGUUGCGGGGUGGAAACCCACUGUAGAACUCCUCUUGGAAGGCAUCCGACGCUUUCCCGGGAUGGGUGUAGGAAAAUAUUUGGAAGUAAAUUUACCAUCCCGACUCCUAGGAAAGUCGAUCGUGUGCACUGUGUGUAUGCACAAUGUCGGACCGACCAGGUGUCCUUGGGUUGGGGCGGCUUCCAGCGGAACCUGAUCGAGCGGACUCGGGUGGGGGCUGUCCUGGCAAAGGGACAUCUCCAAUGUGCCGCUUCGAGGCCCGGUACUCGGGCUUAGGGGAAGUGCUUUGGGGAGGGCAUAAAGAGCAAUGCGUGACGGUCCGCUGAUGCCUUUCCUAAUGUGACAUAUUAUGUUAUUAACAAUAUGUCUUUCUAAUUCAUUUAUCAGGUGUUUGAUGAUGGAGUGACUCCUACAGACUUGAGUGAUGGAGUUGCAGCCCUUAUUUUCACUGAUUUCAAGCAAGAUAAUGAUUGGUUAUAAUUUUUUUUAAUUACAACAGUAAUUGUAUAAUUCACUGUUACUGUCACACUUUUUUUCUCACUUUUUCUAUUCAUCUUUAUUGUAUUUGAUGAGAGUUAACUAAUUAAUAUAAGAGUGAAUUUUUUAAAGAUCUUAUUUGGUCUUCCUCUUCUUAUAUAUAUUAAGGGCGCACAAUCAAUUUAUUGAUCAUUUUGGAUCCUAUGCAUGUGGAGGGGAUUUGCAAUGUUUCUGUGCCUGGUGUUGAUGAGGAUAUUUCACUGGUUGCAAAUAAUUUACCUUAAAUAAUAACACUGGUCUUUUUAACCAACCCUCAUUUUAUAAAAAUGUUUAAUUUCCCAUACAAAUGAAAACAUAACUUGGAAUUUCUUAAACAGAUUUAAACGCCAUUUAAUAAAAAGCUGCAACAUUUUUUAUUAUCCACUUUAAAAUUUUAAGUUGACCCAAUUUGACCCAAUUAUUAAAAGAAAAUUAUAAUUUUUCAAUAGGACCUAUGAACUGUUGGUCAUCAAUUAUCAUGGAUCUAUGUCUAGUUACUUGGUGCACCAGGAUAAUGGAUACAAAUUACGAUACAAGUUUACUUUUACAACAGAGUAUCCAAGGGGAAUAAGUUCUGCCACUUACAAUUCAAAACACAAAAUACUAUUUGUUGGGGGCGCUUGUCUGCCAGAUUCUCUUCUCAGUUCUUCAAAAGCUUCACUAGAAGGAAUUUCUGCCUGGAGGCUUCUUUCAGAUGCUCCUUAUUGUAAGCUCAUUACAGACUAUCAUGAGGAUAAGCAGAAGGUACAAAGAGCAUGGGUGCAAAGAUUAGAGAAUGUUAAUAGCUAAUGUAGAAUACAAGAUAGACAAUUUUUAUAAUGUGGACAAGCUUCCACAAUAAUAAACAUUUUUAGCUACCUGAAGCUCCUGGCCCUAUAGCUAUAUGUAACAAUAUUUUUGCUUGUUUAAACUCACAAUGUUCCUUGAUGGAAUUUAAUUAAAAAUUUGACAUUUUUAGUGUUCAUAAAUGAAAAAUCUUGUGAAUUGCACUAUUUGCUAAAAACUUACUUUUCAGAAUUUUAUUAUAGAGAAGAUGACGUCUUCAGACUGACAAAACACCUUCAUUUUUAUUCUAGGCAAAAGCAAAAGUUUCAUUUCUUUCCAAACUGAAAGUAUCUUAUGGUUGGAACAAUGUCCCAAAGGUACAUUUAAAAAAAAUAAUAUUUGCAUAAACUGUUUUAAAAGAGGAUAUUGAACUAUUGAUCUAUGUAUGCUUUCAGAAAGCUACAUUUUAUUAUUUUAACUCUUAUUUGUUUACAUGAAAAUCCUAUAAAACAAAUGUUAGCUUGGCUUUUAUUAAGAUGUUUUUGUCUGUUUAAAUGGGCUACUUAUGGAAACAAAUUUCUCCCUCAGGAUGGAAUAUUUCACUUAUGUUUGUCUCCUUGUGCAACAAUGCUCGUGUCCAUUCACUUCUCUGGCAAACUUUCACUGUGGGAUGUACCUUCACUCAGAUUGAGACAUCAGUUUAAGCAAUAUGAUCAGGUAGUCAACGCUUUUGUCAUUUGUAAAAUAUGACAGAAAACAUACAUAUUCAGUGUUGAACCAUCAUCUAACAGGAAAUCUUGUGUUUCCUAAGAAUUAAAUAAUUUUUGGAAAGACACAUUCUUUUAUAUCAUCUUAAUGGAUGUUAAACAAUAAACAGAUUAGCUAUUAUUGUUUGAAAAUGUAGCUAGUUAUAUGGGCAAUCAUUGUAAAUAAUAUUGUGGAUUUCCAUAGCUCGAAAGCUAAAUCGUGAUAGUCCUAAAAUUUAUAGCAAUGUGCGAGAUCAUUGAACAAAAAGCUGUCAUUCAGCUGUCAUCAAAAAGCAAAAAAAAGUUUUAUGAGAAUAAUUUGUCUUUCAGCCAGGAUGGGAUGAAAUAAGCCCGGAACUACUGGAAAAUCCAACGAAAAAAAAGAAGAUUAAAGGUUAGUACAAAUUUAAACUAAUAUCUUAUUCUCUAAUUUCUUCCAAAAUAAUGGGUUAGAAACUUAUUGAACUGUUUACAUAGGCAUGCACUCAUUUAUUAUAGUUGGAGAGCAAAGCCAUGUCAUGUUUUAAAUUGCAUUAUAAGAAUAAAAAAGUCUUAAAAUUGUGGAAUCUCAGUCAGUGCACAAUCUCAGGGGGCGGCAUAUGCCUAUGACUGUUGACUUUAUAAUUUUUACCUUUUUAAGUACAUUACAUGUUACACAUUGUUACCCUUAUGUUAAAUUGUGAAACUCUUGAUAUUAUUCUUUUGCAGAUUUAAUUCCACACAAACAACUGCUUGAUGUCAAUUUCUGGUCUGAUGAUGUAAGUUAUAUUUGAAUAAACUAUAAGUUCACAAAUGAUCCUACCUGAUUUUUAUUUCUUGCUUCACUUUCAGCAGUUUUCUUGAGCAUAAGGAUUUGAUUUAGAAUGUUACAUCCCCUUUAAGUUUCUCAUUGCUUGCAUAGAAUGUUUUUAUAUUUUCUAACAAAUCGUUGAAAUGAUUCUAUUUCCAAGUAUUUGGGGAAUCUUAAGAGAAACGAGACACUUACUUUGCUCUCAUUGUGUUCCAGCUCUUGAUCCUGGCUCGAUGUACUGGAGCAGUGAGUGUUGUUUCAUGUGAGGAUCUUCACAACCUUCUUGGGGCAUCCCCAGAGUGGUAUGAACCAUCACCUCAGUUGACACCUGCACUAAAUGGAGGAUUCCUGGGUUUAGAGGUGUGACUUCCCAUCUUUUCCUUUUACGCUUUUAAUAAAAUUGAACUUAAGUGUAAUAUAAAAAGAUAAAUGCAAUUUUUACUUAUAUUCUUGUUUGUGGGUGGCAGUUUUCUUGUCGGCUUUACUUGGCAGGCAAGAAUUUUAAAAAAAUUAUGGAAAUGUUUUUUAAUUUUCAAGUGUGAAAUUCGAUUCCCCAACAAACGUAUUGUGAUGACUGGCCCCGAUGACGACGAUAGUGAGGAAGAGGCUCCUUCUAUUAUGGCUCAGACAACAGCAAUCUCCAAACAGGUGCUCUACUACCUGACUGACAGUGAACAUUUUCAACCUCCAAAGAAGAAGCCCAGGUAAGCUUAGUUCUAUAUCAAAGUGUUAGACGUUCCUAGCUAAGCUCUUUUACUAUUUUGUAGAAGAUCAGAGCAUUCUUUCAUAACGUUUAACAAAUGUGUUUGUCUUUAGCUACAAAAUGCAAUGCAUUUAUAGAAUGCAACCUAUUGUGAUUACUGGAUUAGCUCAAAUUUUGUUAAAUAAACUCGUCAUUGAGAAACUAUCAAUCAAAUAAGCAUAGUACAAUGUGAGUUUGAUGUUAAGUUAAUGCAUGCUAUAUACAUAUAUAAAAGAGUGUUGUCAAUACUUUGGACAUGGUGUUGGUAUUUGUUUGUCAAUACUUUACAUUUGGUUUAUUUUCCUAUCAUUAUUCAAUGUAUGUACUUUUUUUUUUGUUGACUUAGAUAUGUCACAAAGGUCUAUAGAGUGGUUUCUCUAAAGUCUACUACACCUGAAGAGCUUUAUGCCAGAAAGGUAAAAUGUAUUGAAAUAAAAACAUUUGUUCAAACCUACUAUAAUCAUUGUUAGAACCCGAAGACUUUUGUUUUUGAAAAUGCAUUAGAAUUAACUUUGUAAGUACGCUUCAAAUAAUAUUUGUAAAGACCAUAGUUUUACAGCUACUGUUUUUCAUUACAACUUUUGGUAUGGUUUUUAAAUGCAUCAUGAAUUGAUUUUAAAAACAAAUUUUUUUGGUGUCCAACCUUCUUCUAUUUUGAUUUUUACUAUUUAUUGUUCAGAUUGAAGCGGAAGAGUAUGGUGAAGCUUUAACUCUGGCACAGGCAUACAAACUUGACUGUGAUCUGGUUUACCAAAGACAGUGGCGUAAGUCUCCAGUGACACGAGCAUCCAUUGAGGACUACUUGGUCAGUGAUUUUUAAAUAAUAAAUAUUCCAUUAUCUAAUUUGUCUUUAUUAUUAGCAAAAUAGAAAUAUUUUUUUACUCACGAUUGACAUAUGAUUUUAUGCUAAUAAUACCUAAGCGCAUCACUUAUUAAAUUUAGCACAAUAUAUUUAUUAAAAUUUGUUGUCAGGGUAGUACUUUAACUGCAGUUUUAUGGGUACUACUUUAACUGCAGUUUUAUGGGUACUAAUUUAACUGCAGUUUUAUGGGUACUACUUUAACUGCAGUUUUAUGGGUACUACUUUAACUGCAUUUUUAUGGGUACUACUUUAACUGCAGUUUUAUGGGUACUACUUUAACUGCAUUUUUAUGGGUACUACUUUAACUGCAGUUUUAUGGGUACUACUUUUAAGAUAUUGAUUUUAUUUGAUAGUUUCAAACAGUAAAUUAAGUUAAAGCCUGAGUUUUCAAAAGCUGAGAUAAUGACAAAUGUCUGAAAUAUAGUUCCCUUAUUUUUUAUCAGGCUAAGAUAAGCAAACGCUCUUGGGUUCUACAUGAGUGUUUGGAACGUGUUCCUGAGAAUAUAGAUGCCAUGAGAGAACUGAUGGAGUAUGGGCUUCAAGGCACAGACUUACAGGCACUUGUUGCAGUGGGCAAAGGAGAGGAUGCUGGGAGGUUGGUCAUUUAGACAGUAGUAGUUCUUUACAGCUUGGUUUAUAUGACUUCACACUUCAAUAGAUUACUUUCCCCAAUAUUGAUCUGUGGAACAUGGUUGUGAUCUACAGGCCUUUUUAUUUUAAAAAAUAAUUUUUUGUGUUGAUAUACCUCUUUUAUGAAGCCACUUAGCAAAAUUAUUUGCACCAACUACUGUUUGUGCAAGUAUUAGCUACAAUCAAAAUUGAUAUGGGACGAUAUAAACAACUUAAUAAUAAUGUUUUACCUUAGAUUUCUCCUCUGUGAUCCUGAUGAAGGGCUUUAUGAAGAUGUUUAUGAUGUCUUCGAUCCUAAUUCCUUAGCUGAGAAAGAGAGGAAGCGAGCUCAGAUAAGACAAUCCUACCUGGAUCAAGUUGAUUUUAAAAAGUAAGACAGGUCUCUUCUUUCAAAUCAGUAACAAGAGGUGAAUAGUUAAGUGAAUGUUUGUAAAAAGUAACAAACAGAUCCAGAGUGUAAGUAAGCUGUCAAAUACUACUUAUUGUUAGUUAAAUAUAACAGAUCAUAUUAUGAACAUUUAUCAUUCUUAAAGUGCAACAAGUUGACUAAUUUGUGUCUUUAAAAAAAGGUACCAUUUCUGUGUGGCACAAAGUUAAAUAAAAACAUUAUUUUACAGUCUCAACCUGGAGCAAAAAGAAAUAUGCAGAUCACGUCUUAAGUUUUUGGUCUACUUGGACAGACUAAAAACAUAUGAGGUGUGUAAAUUAUAAUCAGUGUGAGAGGUUGAAAUCAUGAGUUGAAGACUAAGAAAGCAAGGUGGCUGCUAAUAGUUUCUGUUCAGAAAAGACUAAUGUGCAUUGACCAGCAUUUAUUUUUACAAAACCAUUGCAUGCCAUCAGAUUAAUCAUAUAAAGUCAUGAAAUUGAAAUGUAAUAUCUGAAGAAACAAAAUGAAACAUACCUGCCAUUUCUUUGCAGUUAAUUCUUGGGGGAAUGAGUGCUGCAGUGGAGAGGUACAAUGCUGAAUUUUUUGCCUCUUUUCGCACCAGAAACAUAUUUGAACUAACAACAGAGUAUGCUCAGGUAUAAUGUUAUUUUGAUAUUCAAGUGUGGGUAAUGACAAGAUAUUUUAAAACAAAGUUUUACCUCUGUGUUCUUUUACCAGUGUGUUCACAUGUGUAUCACUAGAUUUUGAUAUAAAUGAUUAAAUUUUGAAGUAAAAAUGAUUUCUGUGGGAAUUCAUUACAUGGAUGGAAUAUUUUAUUUAAAUUCUAAUGCAGUAAAAAUUUCCUUAAUUAAAUGCUGCUCCUUACACACACAAAAAAAGCCACAAAUUUAAAAAAAUGUAAACUUAAAUGGUAUGUUACGAAAUUUUAAUAUUUAGUUAUAAAGUUAUAGUACUUUGUAAGAAGGAAUAUUUUGAAAAAAGCUGGUCUUUAUUAUUUCAGAACAAUGAUUGGAAGGCUGUUGACAUAAUUUUAGUAUACCAUAACAAUGAGCUGGCCCCACACAGGUUUGUACAUAUAAUAAUACAAGUUAAAAUUCUCUACAAGCGUAAAAUUUAUUUAAUAAUUUUACAUGGUACUGUGAUAAUGAAUCUCUAACAUAGACACAGGGUUUGCACAGUCUUUGAAGGUUUGGGGAAAAAUAAAUAUUUCUAGGGCCCAGAAAGUUUGGGAAAGUUGGCAAAAGUCAUGGUCUUUGAAGGUUUUAGGGAAAUUAUUUUUAAAAUAAACAGCUGGAAAAAAAUUUGACCAAAAGAAAAAGAAAAUCAGUUUAAAUGACAUGCACUGAAAAAUUCCAUUUAACUGAUUUUAUUAAGCCAAUCAAUUAAUCUUAUCAAGGGUAAUAAGGGGAGAGGCUGCAAUUAGGUUAGCACAAUAUAAAAAUGAGUAAAACAGAGUAGGGUUAAACCUGAAAAAAGAAACGUAAUCAAAACAACAAAAGUGUUGGCAGAAAGCCUUCGUUAGCGAACGAAACAACAGAAAAAACGGUAUAAAAUUAAAAAUAAGAAAUAGCACUUAGCUUGGAAGUAGUAAAGGUGGGCCGCAAAAGAAAUGGCCCACGGAUACUACUUCCAAGCUAAGUGCUAUUUCUUAUUUUUACUUUUAAACCUUUUUUUCUAUUGUUUCGUUCGCUGACGAAGGCUUUCUGCCAACACUUUCUUUGUUUUGAUUACGUUUCUUUUUUCAGGUUUAACCCUACUCUGUUUUACUCAUUUUAUAAUCUUAACAAGUGAGCUAUUGUAUAUUAAUAGCGCCUUUUUUGACUAGGCAGCAGUUCUACGCGUUCUUUGGUAAAAUAUUUUGGCAUUUGUUAACAUUUUCUAUUUGGAUCAUCGACACAUGUGUUUUCUAUUGAAUUCCUUUAAAUCUGUUGAAAAAUUUACAAUAUUUAAUAUGUAAAGAGUUUGCUAUUUUAAUGAUAUAUGGCUCGAUAAGUCAAAAUACAAGUUUUGGCUUAAAAAAGGAAUUAGAUGACAAGAGGAAAGUCUAUUGCCAUUACGAUUGUUUGAAAAAAAACAUUGAUAUCAAUGGGUGAAGGAACACUGAACAGCCAUUCAAAUGGUAAGCCAUUGUAACUUAAACCUAUUUAUCAUUUCAUUUAGAAAAUUAUUUUAAUGAGUCUUUUCAGGUUUAUUUUCUAUAAUUAUUUAAUUAAGCUACUAAUUUGGCUACCACAAAUUAUUUUAAUCAGACUUAAGGCUGCCAGUUAAUUUUAAAAUGAGAUUAAUUUAAAUACAACUAAUAAUGCCACCACUGUACCAUCAGCCACCUGGUCCUCUUAAGGACAGGGAUCAACAGGAAAACCUGUUGAUAUUCAAUCCUUCUGCAAUAGAUGGAAGUGCUUACAGCUGAAAUCAUUUGGGCGAGGAAGCGUCUAACUAUCACAGCUUCAGUUCUUCCAAAGACACUACAGAUUGUUUCAAGGCUGUUUAUUACUUGUGAAAUUGUACAACAGUUUGUAUGUGCUGAUAGGAAUUCUGAAUAUCUCAGCAUUUUUGGUAUAAUAUCCUUCUUUGCUAAUAUGCUUUUAAAAAUAAUAAGAGCUGCUUCUACGUAUGUUUGAUGAAACAAUGAACAAACAGAUGCAGGAAAAGAAAAUGGAUAGUUAUGCUUGGAACUGGACUUUAAAUAAAGUUAGUUAAUUUUUCCAUUCGUCUGGACGUGCUACCGCUAAAAGCUUGUAGGAAAAAUUCAGUCCAGCUAUCACAGACCUUGGACACAAGAACUUUUUACAACUGUCUAUGGAUGGCCCUGUCCAAUUAUCACAGACCUUGGACACAAGAACUUUUUACAACUGUCUAUGGAUGGCCCUGUCCAAUUAUCACAGACCUUGGACACAAGAACUUUUUACAACUGUCUAUGGAUGGCCCUGUCGAAUUAUCACAGACCUUGGACACAAGAACUUUUUACAACUGUCUAUGGAUGGCCCUGUCCAAUUAUCACAGACCUUGGACACAAGAACUUUUUACAACUGUCUAUGGAUGGCCCUGUCCAAUUAUCACAGACCUUGGACACAAGAACUUUUUACAACUGUCUAUGGAUGGCCCUGUCCAAUUAUCACAGACCUUGGACACAAGAACUUUUUACAACUGUCUAUGGAUGGCCCUGUCCAAUUAUCACAGACCUUGGACACAAGAACUUUUUGCAACUGUCUUUGGACGGCCCCGUCCAAUUAUCACAGACCUUGGACACAAGAACUUUUUACAUCUUUCUAGCGAUGGCCCUGUCCAAUUAUCACAGACCUUGGAUGCAAGAACUUUUUACAUCUUUCUAGGGAUUGCCCUGCAGUGAACUGUAACCUGUUUCACAUGUUAGAAAUAGAAACUGAACCAUCUGGGCCAUUUAAGCAGUUAAACAUGGGGAGUUUGGCGGUUCAAUACUUUACUCAAAUUUUUCUGUAAUGGAUGCACUGCAGCCUCCUGGAACAUAGAAAAUGUUCUUCAGUAUGUAUAACCUUUUUCAUGAUAGUCCUGCUAAGGGGAAGAUUUUAUAACCAUCACAGAUACUGGUGUAUUUCAACUGAAGUAUUGCAAGCUCAGGCAAUAUUUAAAAACAUUUCAUUCAUAAAGCUGCUGUGAUAAUUUCAAUUUAUUUUAGCAAAAUAGAAUAUAUAUAUUCCUAUUAAAUAAUUUAAUCUUUUAUUUUGACAUUCUAACAAAGUUUUUAUUAAUAAACACAGGUGCCCUGAAAAAAUAUUGAGCCAGCUGAAAGAGCUAUCCUGAUGAUGCCAAAUAUUGAGCCAGCUAAAAGAGCUAUCCUGAUGAUUCCAAAUAUUGAGCCAGCUAAAAGAGCUAUCCUGAUGAUGCCAAAUAUUGAGCCGGCUGAAAGAGCUAUCCUGAUGAUGCCAAAUAUUGAGCCAGCUAAAAGAGCUAUCCUGUUGAUGUCAAAUAUUGAGCCAGCUAAAAGAGCUAUCCUGAUGAUGCCAAAUAUUGAGCCAGCUAAAAGAGCUAUCCUGAUGAUGCCAAAUAUUGAGCCAGCUAAAAGAGCUAUCCUGAUGAUGCCAAAUAUUGAGCCAGCUAAAAGAGCUAUCCUGAUGAUGCCAAAUAUUGAGCCAGCUAAAAGAGCUAUCCUGAUGAUGCCAAAUAUUGAGCCAGCUAACUAGUAGUGUUAAUAUUGGCGGCCAAAUCUGUCACAGCUAUGACAAGCUUAGAUUUUUUAGAGAAAAAAAAUAAUCACCAUGGACACCAGCAAAAUGAAUGUUGCAUUUUCUACCCCCAAGUUUUUGCUAAGCAAAGAAAUAGCAAUCAGAUGGACAAAAUCUUCAGUUUUAAAUCAGAGUGAAAGGCAUUUUUAAUUGUUGCUUUAAAGAAGAUAAUGGAAAAUUUGCUAUUAUUUACACACUAGUGUGGAAUAUGUCCUGGCUGGACCCAAGGCUCAUGAUGUCUGAAAAAGACAAACUGAAUGGAAAAACUUAAUUGACCAGAAUCCUCAGAGUGAUGUGUGAAGCAAAAACGAGUUGAAGAAUUUGAGUGUGACGCCAUCUUGACUCAGUAGGCAAAUAUGUUAAGUCCAUCAUCACAGCCAAAUAUUUAGAACACAGAAAUUUCUCCCCUUCUGAAAGCAGGGUUAAUGCAUUUUUCUACUCAGAUUAGGAUUUCCACACUAAAAAGGAGUUUUCUGAGCUGUGGAUUAUUGUUCAGAAACUCAUUUUGUUAUGCAUGGCGCGGCUACAGCAGAAAUAGGGUUCUAAUGUGAAUAAAGAGAUCACUGUCAAAAAUGUAAACAUUGAGAGUCUCUGUGCUCAAAGACUGAUCAUUGAUCAAGUCCGAAGUGCUGAGAGUCUCUGUGCUCAAAGACUGAUCAUUGAUCAAGUCCGAAGUGCUGAGAGUCUCUGUGCCCAAAGACUGAUCAUUGAUCAAGUCAGAAGUGCUGGGAGACCUCAUAAAGUUCCCAUAACAAAAGAGUUGUUGAAUUUUGUUUCAUCGUCAAGAAUGAAAUAUACUUUGCAUCUGGAAGAGCAGAAAGAAGAAAAAUAUAUUCUGCUUGAGUAAAAAAAAAAAGAAAGCUUGAGAUAGAUGAAGUGCAGGAGUUGAAAUUCCCCAAAAAAAUCUUUUGAGGCAGGUGUAGCUAAUCUAGUUACCUUAGCCAAUAGCAAAGCCAAAGAGGCUGAACUUAAAAGAGACUUUUCUUUUAUCUGCGCUUUAAAUGCAUUACAAGAAAAGUCAGAUAAGAAGAAGGAAGUCCUUAAACUCCAAAAACUUAUUGCUGAAAAAGAGGGAGGCCUACAUUAAAAAAAAAAGUGAAUUAUUUUUAAUGCAUUUAAUGGUGUAUUAUUUGUGUAAAUAUUAAAUGGUGUAUUAUUUGUGUUCAUAUUGAAUGGACCGUUAGAAUAUGUAACAAUCUAAACACAAUUUUUUCAAAGCCACUGGAUACAACUGGGCAGCCAGGACAUCUUUGUGAUAGUAUGUAUGACCGAAGAUUGUUAUUUUGAGUAGUGAGUAAACUUUGUGACCUGAUUGGCCUGUGUUGUUAUGUGGUAUGACUGGAGGUGGUGAGUUGUUUUUAUUCAUGAAUUUUUUAACUUAAAGGCGUGGAAAAGUGGAAUGAGUGAUCAUGAAUGUGGAGUAUAAAAAGAGUGGAUGAAAAGGAAUAAAGAUCAGUAGUUAACUGAACACAGAUGAGUUGACAUCAUUCAUUACUAUUACAAAUUUAAAAUAUUUUGUCUUGGGGAUAUUUCCUAAUUAGUCUGUGCCUGAUGAUUCAUCAUGAUUACUAUGUUUCUGUGCCUUACUUUUGUCUUGUAUGUCUACAAGUAUUACCUGGCUAUGUAUAUAUUGUAUAUACUUGUGUGUUUUAUCUCUCAAAGGAUAAGCUGGCUAUAAUGUAUAUAUUGUAUGUACUUAAGUGUGUAUCUCUACAAGGAUUAGCUGGCUAUUAUUUAUAUAUAGCUAAUACUUUUAGUGUGAUAAAGAAUUUUGUAUCUAUGUUAUAAUUAGAUGAGUUGUUUUUUCCUCCAUUGAAUAUGAUAAUAAAUAAGUCUUUGAAUUUAAAAAAAAGUCUUUGAAGGUUUGUGAAAAGUUUGUGAAGUCUGCAUGAUCCCUGUUACAAAAGUUAUUUAUGUUCAUAAUGGAUCUAAUUGGUUUAUUUUUUUUGGUUUCAUUCUCAUGCAGGAAUUUAAUAUAUUUUUAUUAUAUAUAUAUCCUGUUUCAUAAUAAAACAUAACUAUGCAAGACAUGAUAUAAGAUAAUAAGUGAUUUAACUGUAGUUACUUUUUUGAGUUAGUUGGUUAUUUUCAUGUGAGAGCAAGAGAGUUGAAGCCGUAUUUAAAAUGUUACCCUCACAAGGAUCUGUUUGAUUUCUUAUACAGACUGGCCAUCUUGUCCAACUUCCCAGAAACAGCUGACCCAGUAGAAUACAAAAGCCUUCUUCCUAAAUCAGGGUGACUUAUUGUGUUUGAUUCAUUGCCUACAUUUUUUAAAAUGAAGCUGUCUUAGCAGAUUAGUUGAACUUAGUUUAAUUUAUUAUUGUUACUUCUUCAUCUGUGUUUGUCAAGAGGUCUAAUUUGAGUACUGCUGUUUAUGUUGUUAAUGAUGUCGUCCCGAAGUUCAACUUCCAAUUAUUUCUUCUAAUUUGACAGGGAUGAUGAUGAAAUAGUUCCUUGGGAGACAGCAACUUGGCGUGAUCAAGAUUGGGCUGAGGUUGCACAAUGCAGGUAGCUUUGAUGUUAGGCUUCCUACUAAUGAAUACUACAGACAGGGCUUCAGUUGAACUGAGAUUGACAAAUAUAAAAUUAUUUUAUUUAAUGCACUGUAUACUUAAACAGCUAUCAAACAUAAGUGCACUUGCCUAAAGAUUUUACCUUGCUCUUGAGUUGAAUGAAAGCUUUUUCAACACAAGUAAGCAGAAAAUAGUUGAACAAUUUAAUGCCACCACAAAAUUGAAUGAACCUCAAAAUAAUUGUUGUUAAUAAAUUGAUCAAAUAUUAAGACCUGCAAGCAAGGAGAGAAAUAAUAUACUCAAUGACUGUCAGCAUGGCUUUCGAGUCAACAGAUCAUGCGAGACCCAACUCCUUGAAUUUGCUGAAGAGUUGACGACCAACUUGGAGAACAGCAAGCAGACUGAUGUGCUUGUGCUGGACUUUUCAAAAGCGUUUGACCGUGUCAACCAUAGCUUGCUAUUGCACAAACUGCAUAGAUAUGGGAUCCAAGGCACUACCAAAACAUGGAUCUCUAGCUUCCUCAGCGACCGAUUCCAGGCAGUAGUGGUAGAUGGCAAAACCUCCUCCUUUGUCAGUGUUAAGUCAGGGGUCCCCCAGGGCUCAGUGCUAGGCCCUUGUUUGUUCCUAGCAUAUAUCAAUGAUCUGCCCGAGAAGCUGACCUCUCAAGCAAGACUGUUCGCAGACGACACGGCGGUAUAUAGGACAAUGGUCAACAGCUCUGACCAGAGCCAGCUUCAACAAGACCUCAAUCGGUUAGCUGAGUGGGAGAUAAGCUGGGACAUGGAAUUUCAUCCCGUCAAGUGCCAAACCCUGUCAGUCUCCAGAAGCAGGUUCCCUCUAAACCACUCUUACGAACUGCAUGGCCAUAUUCUUGAGCCAGUUUCCUCCGUUAAGUACUUGGGUGUUACCAUCCAAAGAGAGGUCCGCUGGGACGAGCACAUUAACAGUGUGUGCAACCGGGCAAACAAGACCCUGGGGUUCCUAAGGCGCAAUCUGAAGAUCGGCAACUCAAGCGUGAAAGAAAAAGCCUAUAAAGCCUUUGUCCGACCUAUCUUAGAGUAUGCUUCUACAGUCUGGGACCCAUUUACCCAGAAAAGCAUAGACAGGUUGGAGGCGGUCCAGCGACGGGCAGCACGCUUUGUCAUGAACCGCUACAGAAGCACCUCGAGUGUUGGCAGCAUGCUGGAAACACUGGGCUGGUCGACAUUGGAAGAACGACGACGACUAUCCAGGCUCACCAUGUUGUACAAGAUAACAAAUGGACUGGUGCACUGCUCCGGAAUCAAACAGAAACUCGUUAAUCUUCCCCCCAGACUGCGACGAAGUCACGACAAACAGUUCCGGCUGGUAAAAACAAGAACGAAGUACAGAAGCUCCUCAUUCCUGCCGAAGACAAUAGGGGACUGGAACAAGCUUCCAAAAGCAACAGUUGAGGCGGCUACACUCGAUACAUUUGUGUCUAUUGCCUCCUGUAUUCCAACCCCCAGUUCAUAACACCACUGCUGAGUCGCCCUUGCAACCAGUGAAGUAUCCCAUUGAAACCCAUGAACAGUAACAUCGCAAACCUCUCUGAAACAUAGGAGCCAGAAUGAUCAAUUCAUUGAUCGUGGGCCCUUAAAAUAAAGAAGAGAAGAAGAAGGUGUAUAAAAGUAAAAGGCCAGAUGGUGGUCUUUUAAACUUAAACUUUGAAUAAGGUUUGUCUUAUACUUUUUCAGAAAAGCUGUUGACCUGGGCGAUGAAGAUGGAGCAGCCUUCUUAUACAUAAACUUUAACAGUAAAUAUAGGUUAGUUACAAGAAGCUUUUUAUUUUAGAGACAUUGAGUUUUCAGAAAAUUGCCUCAAACUAUUAACUAUUUUUUUCUUUCAAACUUGCUUUUUAAAUAUAUGUAGUCAUUUCAUGCAAUGAUUCUAAAAAAAUAUUUUAAAUGUCAUGAUAAUUCCCAAGUAGUAUUAAAUUCACUUGAUGUGGGAAUUCAGUUAUCUCAAAUAUGUUAAAUGUGCAUAUGAAGAGUCCAUUUUCAAAAGGUGUUAUCCGUCAUUUUCGAAAAAAAACAAGAUAACCAUACAUUCUUAUAGAGCAAACCAGGUUCCAUUAAGACAUAUUAAAGUUUCUUACCAAAACACAUUUUAUUCCUAUAAUAUUCUAUGUCUAAAAAUGAUUUUGUUUUCUAAAUGUGGUGUGUAUUUUAUUUUUACUAUCAAAAUGAUGUGUAUAUUUUGGACCAAUUCGUGUGAUUGGAAAGCUACUUUCCGCUGCAUGUUGCGCAUGCGCACUAAACAUCACGAAGUGAAACAACAACAAACAUGGUGGAUUACGACGGCCUGGAAGAAAGAGUUGUUUGUACUAUAAAAUCUCAAAAAAGAAAGAAAAAAAGCUCAACAUGAGAAAAAGAAAAAUCAUUUCGCUAUUCAAGCGGAGGAAAGAUUCCCUCUAUUACGUGUAAUCACGGAAAAGGUUACUGCGAGGUGAGUUACCGGUAACUUUUUAUCAAGCUUCAGUUUCAAAAACUAAAAUAGUAGUAUUAUAAAUUUAUGUGUAUGUCGCAACGAAAACGUGCUUUUGACGUUUUAGUACCUAUGCUACAGAGAUUAAUGUAUGAGUGUAAUUUUUUAAAAUGGUAUUAUUUUGGUUGGGGUAAAAAUUAAUGAGCCAAUAAAUGCAUUUAACUUUUUAAAAAUAUUCUAAUUUAUCAUUAUUUUUUAAAUUUAAACAUAAUUCAUAAUAAUUUUAAAAAAAAAACUAUUGAAUUUUCAGGCACUAGAAAUAACACGUGAAAAUGUAAUGACAUGUCAUGCAUAACUUUAUAACAAAUGGGACAAAGUGUCACAAGAUGCUGCAAUAUUAUCAAUGCUUCAUAAUGUGGGCAGAAUCAAAAGGGCCAGAGUUAAAGAUGAUGUAAGGAAAAAAUCCAGAAUUAUGAUUUUAAAGUACUUCUUAUGCUGUGAAAGAGAAAAAAUACAAUUUACCAGGCUUCAUUUUCUUCUGUGUUAUGCAAGUAUAUUUUUAGUGUAAAAAGGCUUUUGGAGCAUAAUUCUAAUAUAAUUAAUUGAAUUUUUCUAACAUUUAAUUUUUUUUGAUGAGGAGGAAAGCCUUCAUUGUCAGGUAUUAUAUAAUAUUUAUACAUAAAGUUUUUUCUUCUGAAUCUGUACCAUACACUUUCAAUGUAUUCAAUAAGUAUUAUUAUAUUAUUAAAUAAGCAGUAAAGUUCAUUUUACAUUAGUGCGGUCAUGGUUACUGGACAUCAGAAGUGUUUAGAAAAUGAAAAUAAAGUUGCUUCACAGAGUUAACUGUAUUAUGUAUUAUUAUUACUACAGGAGAAAGAAAGAUAAAACCAGUUAUGUAAAAAUAAUUGUAGUAAAAAACUUGCAAUGUAAAUGUAAGCUUUUAUAUUCAAAAAUAUAAUUAUAGACUUGAUUUAUGUAUUAUUGAUAACAUCUUUUUUUUUGACAUUCUGAUUUAAUGAGAAUAACGCAAUAUAAAUGUCUACUCUCCCUGGAGUUAUUUUAUUUAAAAAAAAAUCAUUUGUAUAUUUUUAGCCACACAUCCUGACAGAGUAUUAAGAAUUGUCAGACACUGUUUUGAGCAUAGGACAACCAGACCAGAGAAUAGAGGCGGAGACAUGAAACAAGUGGCCUUUGCAGAAAAGAAGGAGGCAAAUAAAAACCACAUUCAAUCUUUCACAUGCAGAGUCAGCCAUUACGGAAGAAAGGGUGCUCCAGGACAGAAAUAGUUUCCCUCUGAUUUGAAUGUAAAUAAGAUGCAUCAACUUUUCCUGGAACAAAACCAAACUGCUAUUGAAGAUGCUGCACACUCUUAAUCAGACACUUCAUAAUUUUCUAUUUUGUUGUUCUUCUAAAUUCAAAUAAAAUGAUUUGUGAAUUGAACAUUAUCUUUUUUACUUUUGUUUAGAAUUCAGAUUUAUAAAAAAAAAAUCAUGCAAACUAGUAGCAAUCUAAACAUUACACUAAAAGGGGACUUUCCAGCAUUUCUAAUACUGUAUUCUUAAAAUAUAUCAAUAAAAAACAAUAAAACACAAUUAUAUAAUGCUUAUUAUUAUAUUAUACAAUUUAAUUUAAUUUUGAUAUGUUAGUGGUUUGUCAUUUUUAAAACAAACUGAAAUAUUUGGUACUGGGAAUGUUAUCCUAUCAAAAUGGAUAUACAGCAUUUUGUUGCUAAGUAAAUGUUGGAUACAUAGCAUUUUGAAACAAAAUAAGAAAUUAAACCAAGUAAAUAAAUACAUUUUAAUUAACCCAUAUUUCAAUUUUCAUCAUAGUCUACAUUAUAUUUUGAAUAUAUACCAAAUAAACAAUUACUCUUCCGAAAAUUUGAGCCAUCAUUGUGCAGCAAAAAAAGUUGAAUAUCUCAAAACGCAAAAAAAAAGGAGAAACAGCAUUUUGAUAAUCGACUCUUCAUAUAAACUCUUAAUUUUAAAAAAAAUACAACUGAAAUCUCAUUUUUAAAGGACUGAACAGCUGAGUUUCAAGUUAGUUGAAGAAUGGUACCAUGAGAGGGCUUGUGAGAUUGAACAAAAGUCACGUAUUGUGGACAAUGCCAUUGAGUUGGUCAAGCUGGGGAUAGAAAGAGGUUUUGAUGUAAGUAAUUGUUCUGUUCAAUAGCUUAGCUUAAAAUUUUAAGAAACUAAGUGAAAAGAAUACGGUAUCCAAGAAAUAUAACUAUGUUUGAAGACCCACCCAGAGUCGCAACAAUUGAACAAGGCAGACCAUGGUGGACUGAACACCUUGAGAGAAUGCUAGAUUGUAGAGUGGCAAAAGUAAUGUACAGGCAGAAACCUAGGGGCAGGCGGCUGCCCAGUGGACCAAGACAGAUGGAUUGAUGAAGUAGACUAAGACCUACAUCAGUUGGGGGUCCACGCAUGGCUUCGAAAAGCCAUGGAUUGCUUCGAAAAGCAAUGGAUCGAUCCGAAUGGAAGUAUGUGGUUGAGCAGACCAGGGCCCUACAUGGGUGUAGCACCACUGAUGAUGAUGAGUUGAGAGAACUUCUUUCUCAAAUAUUGUGACAAAUAAAAUUAUGAUUGAUGUACACUUAUAGGUGAUCGUGCCAGUAAUUGUUGUUGAUUUUGAUUGAAAUUAAAUUCUCUCAUAUAAAUUUUAAGGUUUGUAUCCAUUUCUGUUAUUUAAACUGAGAAUAUGAUGAAAAUGCAGUUAUUUUAUAGAAAAGAAAUUUGACUUUCUUCCAGAACUUGCAUGAGCUCCUAGAUGAUCUGGUUACAAUGGCAAUGAUGGUCUAUGAAUGUGGAGUGGCUCCAUCUUUAGAGUUUUCACAACUUAGAGAAAUGGCUGACUAUGACAGACUAGAAUUGAUUAUGGCCAAGGUAAAGAUACAAAAACUGUUUUCAAAUUAAAAAAACCAGCCAUUUUCUUUGUCACUAGGAAGAUUUCCAAGAAAAAUUAUUUGAAUCAUCAAUGAAUCAUGUUUUGUUACUAUGUUUGAAAAUCUUCUUUUGUUGUUUAAAUUGAUGAAUAUAAAAUUAGACUUGCAAAAGACUUUGGAAAAUAUUUUGGAAAAUAUAAAUAAAUGAUACAGUAAAUAGUAAUUGCUAUUUCAAAGUGAUAAUAGUUAAUACAAGAAUAUUGUGGACAGUUUUGCUUUUCAUAUAUGAGUUUAUAAAAAAUUGAAAUAUGAAAAAAAAAUUGUUGUGAAAUUGAAUUUAAAUUAUUUUUAUACUUUGUUAAAGUCCACAGAGGAGAUGUACACAAAGAACUUACGCAGAUGGCUUGUUCCAUUUCUACAACGUUGUGACCAGAAGGAACCGGGAGCUUAUGAUCAGUUAUUGAAAGACUUUGUUGUUACCCAGGCUCAGAAGGACCUGACAUUGGUGUUAAAGCUCUUUGAGACAUCAAAGCCCAGCGUGAGUCUUGACUGCAUGUCACCAUUACAUUAGUGUUUGUAAUUUCAAGUUAGUAUUAGAAAACUGACAUAGAAUUGUGUCUUUACUAGCAUAAAAAUAGCUUAACAUUUUAAGAAAGUAUUAUUUGUCAAACAUGAACAUUAAGAUUUUUGCAAUAUUCAUAUCUGACAUAGACUAUUUAUGGCAAGAAAACAUAAAAUGUUUCUCUUUCUACUUUCAAGCUGUUUUGGACAUAUCAAAAUAUUUUAGUCUUCAUUUUUUUGUGUACAGGUUGCUUCCCCUGUUAUCAAAACUCAGACUGAACUUAUGUCCUUGGCCUUGGAUGCACUUUAUUCUUGCAGAAGGCACGUUUUUGUCUUGGAAAGAAAUAAGAAUAAGACAGCUAGAAAAAUUUUAACUGGAAUUAGAAAUUGAGUAAAGUGGAAAAUGAUAUAUGUAAAUAUAUAUAACAUAUGAAUUUCUGUAAUACAAUAUAUUUGAUUAAACCAUUUUAAUGACUGCUUUUAUUGAUCCCUAUAGAGAUGACCAGCUCCAGCUUGCCCAUAAGAUCUUUGAAUGCCUACCUUUGCCAAGUACCCAGUAAGUACUGUCAAUAAUAUUUUUUUUUUUUAAGCUGAACACAAAAAUCUUUUUUGUUUUCUUUAGAAAAAGCAAUUAAGUUUUUUGAAGGAAAGAAUAAUAUAAUUUCCAGAAAAUUAUUUAAAGUCAAUCAGAAGAGUUCUAUGAUGAAAUAAUCCCUCAACAUCCUUUUGAAGUAUUUUUUGAAUGCUCAACUUUCAGUCUUAAGUUUGGUUAUCUAUGUAUUAUGUCUGUUUUACAACCAGUUUUAUUAAUUUCCUUUAAUUUUUGUAGGUCCAGAAAGGAAUCAUCUGAAAGUUUGAGGUUACAUCAACAGGUGGAUCAGCUUGAACGCCACCUCAGGUGAGGCAGUGUCUCUUCUUGUGUUUAAGCUUAUGAAAUUCUAUUGUAUUCUUUUACAAAUCUAAUUUGCAGUUUUUAAAAAAUCUUUCUCUAAUGUUAAUGGUAUUUUAUUUAUUGACUGUAAUUUAUUUGAAAUUGUAACUCUUCUAUGACUCCAUUUUGUAGGGCAGCAAGUAUAUUGGAAGCUUAUGGCAUGAAGAAAACUCUAGCCUACAUCAAAUCAACAGAGGUAAGUUAUGUCUUACACCAAAGAUUAAUAGUUCACCUGACACAUUUUGCUUCAACUAGUUAGGCCUGAAACGGGGAUUUAUGUAAGAAUGCAGUUAUUCUUUGAAGUUUAAAAUAUUAAUUUUUUAAUGUAAAACUUGAAAUGUCAUUAAAUUUGAAUAAAUUCUUAGGUAUUUAAAUCAAUUUAUCCUAUCAUCUUUUUGAUUAGAAUGACCAAGAAGAAGUAAGGAGUCUUAUGAUCAAGUUAACAAGGCAAGCCACAAAAAGGUAACAUGUCAUUUUUGCUAAUCAUUGUUCAGCUGUCUCUUACUAAACACUACUUGGAAUGUGACCACAGAAUUACAAAACUGUAGGUGAUGAAAUUCAAAUGGGACACAUAAGCAAGCUGUUGUGAAGAAUGUUCGAAUAUUAUUUUCAUACAGACUUUUACACUAAAGCUUAAAAAUUAUUGCUUUUCAGAAAAUGUCCUCCCCUCUCUCCAGCCUUAUACAUGGGUGGGCAACUUUUUACACUGGAUUAAAAUGUAAACGGACCAUAUGGUAGACCACCCAUAUUUUUAGAUGAACUUACUAGAGAUUAUGAAGAAAUUUGUUUCUGAAAAUUACAUUUCCCAAUCUUCCUUUGUCACCAGGUUUCUGUUGGCAAAUAGAAUCAACAUCCAUGCAUAAAAAUAGUUUGAGCACCAUAAAGAAUAAGACUAUACAAAACUAACCAUAAUAUAAAGAAAUACAAAUAGAUUCUAAAUCAAAGCUUAAGACAAAAUGUUCAACAAGAUUACAUUAAAACUUUGCACCCUGCAAUACCUAAAUGACCUAUUUAAAGUCUUUGAUAUAGAUAUUUGACACAAUAUUUCCCGUGUGACAGAUCCAUCCCACUGACUGACAUGGAGUGGCACAAAUUGCAUGAUGACAUCAUGUCUUUACAAGCCCAGAUAUACACCUGCAUCCCAGCUAACAUCUGUCGUGAGGUAAAUUGGAAUCUCUCAUUUUUAUGGAAAAUUUAGGGCUUACAUAUCUUUUUAACCCACAAUAGCUGUUAUUUUUGUAUUUGAUCCUUGCUCAUCUUGAAAAAAGCUGUGUGGUAAGGUAAUAAGUAAUAUUUAAGGAAAUUUUAGAAUUCUUUUCAAUCAAAUAAUUUUUUAAAUAUAUUUUAUUGAUUUGCAAAUAUCUUUAUCUAAACAAUAGCCAUAAUGAAACCUUUUCAGAUAUAUGUUGAAAGUCUGAUGUGUUCAGGACGACAGGAGACAAUUCGUCUUGCUGGUUAGUGUUUACACUAAUAAACCAUUUUGGCAUUCAUUGAUACAAUUUGCUUUUUAAAAUAUUUUAGCAGGUUUUCUUAUUAAGGAAAAAGAAAGGAGGUUUGCUAGUUUGGUUCAAAAAUAACUAUUUUCUAUUGUUGGAUUCCUUUGCUUUUACUAAAUUCUAGAAAAGACCAACUCAAAUAUCAGAAAAUAACAUUUAUCAGCAUCAAAAAAUUUGUCAAAUUUCUGUCAUCAUCUUCUUUGUUAUUUAGGACAACUGUUGGAAAGGAGUAGUAGUGAGCCACAACCAAGCCGUGCAUCAAAAGGAAACAAUGUUGAGAAAGUUCCAUAUCCAAGGGCAGUUGAGUUGGCCUUGUCAGCUGCAAGAGAAUACUUUGAUUCUUCUGCCAACCUCAGUGAUUCCUGCAUGGACCUGGCCAGGUCAUUCUUUUAUAUUGUUAAAUAUGUUUUUAUUGUGUGCUUUACUUGAGGGUUUUAUAUGUUUUUAUUGUGUGCUUUACUUGAGGGUUUUAUAUGUUUUUAUUGUGUGCUUUACUUGAGGGUUUUAUAUGUUUUUAUUGUGUGCUUUACUUGAGUUCUGGGGCCUUUCUUUACCCAAAAAAAAGAAAUGUUAUGAUUUUUUCCAAAUCAGUUGUUCAAAGUUCCUCAAUGGAUACAAAGUGUACAAUUUGUUGCCAUAUACAACUUUGAGAAAAGGGAAUAGCUAGAUCUUUUCAUUAUCCAAAGAGUAACAGUUAUUUAUUGCUGUAUAAUUAUUUUCGCCCAGAUCCUGUUUAAAUCUAAUUCUGGAUUCUCCCAAGCCAGUUCAAGAAGAACUGGACUUGAUCGCUUCUCUUGCUUUAUUGGAUGAGUUUGGUGUUUCAGUGUUGCCCCUGCAAGGUUUGAAGUGUUAUCUUUUUUCUCAUUUUGAUAAUGUUAUAUGCCUGGUAUUUGAAAUUCUCUCAUUUUUUUUUCCUUUUAAGACCUGGGAUUGAAGUGUAUGAACCCAUUCCUUUAUAAAGUGUUGCACACAUCCAUUAUUGUGGCUUAUUUAUUUUCAAAUUUCAGUUAAUAAAUUAUAUUGGUUAUUAUUUUGUUUAGUUCGCCUCAGUAAAGAUCGCCUGGAGUUUGUCAAACUAGCUGUAAGCACAAAGCCAACAAGCUAUAAACAGACACAAAGGGUAAGCAUGUUAGGAAAAUUCACUAUUGUUUAUUUAACAAGGAUGUCAUAGGUUGUUAGGCUCGUUAUUCCUUACUUACAAUUAGCUUCUGUCUUUAAAAAAAAAAAAAAUCCAACUCACCAUUGAAAGUUUAUUUCUUGACCAGCUCAUUCGCCUUGGUCAGCUGCUAGGAAUUCCUUGUGAUAACAGUCAACCUUUGGAAGGACAAAUUCUUCAUAUGGCUGCAGAAGCAAGCAUCAGUGUAAGUCUCGAAGCCGGAAGAACCAGAUUUAUUGCAUUUAAAUUAUUUAAGUAAAUGAAAGAAGAGAAAUCACUAUUCAGAGUGACACACGCAGUUUCCUGCUCUAUUAUUGGUUAACUUACUUUAUUGUUAAUUGCCCCAUCAGAAAGAAACUUUGUAAAUACCGGUACUCCUUUGUUAAAAUUAUAUUGAGUAAUAUUUUAACAAAACUAUCAAGUUCGAGUGUUCAUGCUAAUGUGUAUUAAUUUUUGUGUUGUUUCUUUUUAAUUCAUCCCUUUCUUGUUUUUUAGUUAAUUUUUACUAUUUUGCAUGUAAUUCUUGUCUAGGCUUUGGACUAUGAAUUUGCUUAUCAAUGCUGUGAUCGCCUCAUCAGUUUAUGUUAUAGUCCAUCUUGGAGUGUUUGUGUUAAACUGGCUGAACAGGAAUCUUUCAGGAAUAUUGACGCCAAGUAUGUACAAAAUUGUGCAAUGAAAAAAAAAAUUAAAUAAUAGCAAAAUAUUGAUAGUUUUUCACUUGUUAUUGUUAAAAUGUCUAAAACUAUAAAUAUCAUUUUCUCUGAGCGUUAAAGGUAGAUUUGAAAUGAAUUAUUGACAUGGCAAUGUUUUAAAAAUUGUAAUAUUUUCUUCAGGGCUAAACUUCUGUCCUUUGCCGUAACGUAUUGUGUUAAGGAAAAGAUUCAACCAGUUCUUCAAGCCAGGUGUUUGCUGAAAACACAGGUGAAGCAUACAUUUUUAUAUUGAAUUCUAUAAAAUUUGAUCAAUUUGAAAUAUGUAACAAAAACUUAUGAGCAAAAUGAUUUCACAACAUUCCAUCUCUAAGUUUUUAAUUAAAUGCAUGAAUUGAUAUCCUUUUAAUUUUAACAUUUUACGCGUUCCCCUAGAUCCUUUAUGAGCAAGUCAAUAAAGUGGUUGGUGAAGAGACAAGUAAAAAGAAUUCCGACUCGAGAGAAAGUCCAUUCUCUGCACGUGCUGUCAUUCAACAAACCCAACAGAUUCUUUCCUCCAGCAAACAGACAGUUUUGUCCACUUUCACUGAUGCUAAGUGGUGGCAAAGUGCAUUCUCUUCACUGCAGCAAUCAUCAUCUAAACAGAAAACAGAAAGCAAGUUGCAAACUCAGGAUAAUGCAGACAUGAAAAAACAGGGAUGUCAUCCAUUUUAUGCCAGUAUUAUUGAGGGAUGUUACGAAGACUGGGUGAGGAAAUAUUAACAAUAUAUAUAUUUUUUUUUUGGUUUAUUUUAUGCACCCAAAUUUCUUCUUCAUCCCAGAAAUUAUUUUUAUGAUAGUAAACUUGCAAGAAUUUUGUAUAUCUCCAGAUACAUUUAGAAAACUCAGACACAAGUCCUCAUUUGAAAUUUUACUAAUGAAAGGGUUAAAAAUAUUUUAAAAAACUUAGACAACAAAUUCAAAAGCCUGUUGAUAGUUAUUAAAUUCUUUUUGUUGAAAUAAAUAAUAUUUCCUUUUUCUUAAAUGUCCAGCUUCUGUUUUCAAUGAAAAUGUAAAUAGCUUUAUUAUUUUAGAAGAUAGUUUUAGUUUUUUAGUUUACAAUUGUUAAAUUGUUAUUGAUAAUUAUUGGUUUUAAUUAAUUAUUAUUAUAGAAAAGCUUUGACUUAGAAGGAGGUCAUAAAAAAAGGGAAAGUGAUCUCAGUGCUAAUAUUUUGAGGACUGCGAUGCUUGAAGAAAUGUUAACCAGGGGAAGCACACAACACCCAGUAUCAGAAGCUUUAGUGGACCUUGCCAAAUUGACCAUGCCAAGAGAUGCCUCGCUGGGUCUUGCAUACUUGAUUGCCACACCAAAGGUUAGUAGAAUAUUUGUCCCUUGAAAGACCAGUAAAAUAAUUAAUAACAAAUACUCUCAUGGAUUGGUUCUUGUGACACAGUUACUAUUAUCUCUGAAUUAGAUUGUAUCCAAGCUUUGUGAUACCAACAUUGUAGUUCAUAACAUAAUAAAAUUCACUUCUCAUCCCAGGAUUAUGAUGUUAGCAGCUGUUUUGAAGAAUUCCCAAUCACAGACAUCUCACUGCAGCUUGCUGUUUAUUACUAUGCUUUACAAAUAUACAGCACCAUGCAGCCAUCUACCCCACCCCAUGUCUAUGUUCUCUACCGACAAAUCCCAUCUAGGAUUGUUGCUCGGGUCAUUGACUACAUUGCUAGUUUUCCUGAAUCAAAAUGGCCAGCUGAAGUGAAUUCUUUGGUAAAGAAAUUGAAAAGUUAUCAUGAAAUGUUGGAGGACUAUAACCAAGCUUGUACACUGAAAAGACUUGGCAGAGGUUAGUGUUAGACUUUGACAAUGGAUGAGAAUAGCUUGGCCAGUUAGGAAAUAAGCUCCACUUUAUAAUUAUUAUUGUUUCACAGGCAAUAUCAUCUAAAGCUUAAGACAAUUAUUCCUACAAUCACAUUCAAAUACUCAAGUAUUUUUUUUAACUUCAUUUUUCCCCAACUAAAUAUAAAACUAUGUGCUUAUUCAAAUUCAAGCUUUCUGAACUCUCCUUUCUUUAAUAAAAAAAUUAAAAUUAUAGAUUUAUUUUAGGAGCGACCCCGUAAAAAGUGCAAAAGGCCUUCAUUUAAGAAACUAUUAAUAAUGAGCUUUCAGAAUAUUUUCUUAUGGAAGUUCAUUAUUAGUUAUUUAUGAUAACAUAUAAAUUAUAUAAUUAACUGAUUUACAAGUCUAAAUUAGCAUCACGGAAAAUAUAUAAUUUCACACAUUAAGUACUGAAUUUUAAAAAAAAACAUAAUUAUUUUUCUCAGAUUUUGUUUUAGACAUUCAAGGGUUAUUGGCACCAUCUUAAAACUCUAAAUCAGUGGUUCUUAACCUUUUUGGAGGUACCGAACCCCACCAGUUUCAUCUGUGCAUUCACCGAAACCUUCUUAAUAGGAAAAAUAAAAUAUGAUUUUUUUUUCUGAUUUUUUUUCGACCUCCGCCAAACCCCUGAGACUGACUCACCGAACCCCUGGGGUUUGAUCAAACCAAGGUUAAGAACCACUGCUCUAAAUAUUAACAUGUUUAUGUUGUUAAAUUGAAAUAAUUUUAGGGGUUUUGAAAAAUAAAUAAAUUCAGAAAUUGAAUAAAAAAAAGCGCAGGAAUAUUUCUUGUAAUUUUCCAGUAAAUCCAGAAAUUAUUUUAAAAAACUUAAUUACCAUUCAGUUUGAUUAAAAGACUUGUAUUGUUAACAUUUAUCAGGUUUUAUAAGAACUUGAUCUUCAAAUGGAAAAAAAACCCAAAACAAUUCUUAAAUAUGUUGCACAGCUGUUAAGUUUAAAAAAAAUUGUAUUAGAGUGUCAUAUAUCUAAAAAUAAUAUUAUUGGCUUGGAUUGAACAAGUUUAACUAUUUUUAGCAAUAUUUUCAUUCUGUUCUUUAAUUGGAGCUGCGAGACUUGUGGCCAUUGCGCAUGUUAACAAGUCUAUCAAUCAAUAUGAUUCUCUAUGUAGAAAGAAAGUACAAUGUAAAAGUGGGUUCAAUAGCACACAAAAUAAAAUUCCAGAUGACUACGCUAAAAGAAAUGCUUAAAAAUGCUGCAAAUGAUAAGAUGUUAUAUAUCUGCGAUGUAAAAGGGGAUUACAGUAGAAUAUUAAAUAUAGUUCCAGGGCAUAAAAAAAUGUUCAGGGGCGUGUUGUUUUUUUUUUUUUUUGAGAGGGGGGAGGGGGGGGAGGCUAAUUGAGAUUCUCAUAAAGUGCAUUACUUGAAUGCAUUUUUUGUCUAGUAACUUUAGUAGAUAGGUUUAUAUAUCUGCGAUGUAAAAGGGGAUUACAGUAGAAUAUUAAAUAUAGUUCCAGGGCAUAAAAAAAUGUUCAGGGGCGUGUUGUUUUUUUUUUUUUUUUGAGAGGGGGGAGGGGGGGGAGGCUAAUUGAGAUUCUCAUAAAGUGCAUUACUUGAAUGCAUUUUUUGUCUAGUAACUUUAGUAGAUAGGAAGUUCACACAUUGCCACCACCAUUGUUUUAUGGGCUAUAAAUAGUGAAAGCAGAUGUGAUAGGAGAUAAGGUAAUGUAAUUCUGUAAUGAGAUGCUCUCUAUUUGCUUUAGGUGUUGAUGUCAUGAGAUUUGCUGAAGACCCUGAAUAUAAAAGAGAGACAAUUUUUGGUCUAGCUAUGUAAGUCCUUCAAAAAUGUAAUCAUUCUCUUUUGCCUUUUCCUUUUAAUACACCUUUUGAUUGAAAUAAUUUAAUUUCUAAUGUUAAUUUUGAAUUGGCGUCUCCAACAAUCUUUUACAGUGCACUAUAUUGAUUUAGUUUAUAAAUAUUACAAGACUGUUAAGAACAAAAAAAUGUAACUAUAAUCUGCUACUAAUUUACAUUUCAAGGUCUCUGGAAGAUGAAGUGUAUAAUAUUGCCUUGUCCCUUGCCCAGCGUUAUGAUCUAGAUCUAUGGGAAGUUUACAUGUGUCACCUGGAGUUUCUAUUCUCUGACAGUGGGUAAGUCUUCUGUUAUGUGAAGAUAAUUUUCAUUUCUCCAUUAUAGCUGCAUUCACAAGUUACUAUAUUUAUUCCUUUGGACUGCUAUUGCAAGCACAAACUAAUUUUCUGUAUAUUUACCUUGAGACUUGCCAGGCGAGUUGAACUGAAUGGCAGCCAGGCUAUUUGCAAACACAUUACUUCUUUUAACCUCUAGCCACACUUAAUCUCUCUGCAACCACUGAGAGCAAAUGGUGAGGCCUUUUCUAUAAUUUUUUUCCAGUAAUAAGCGUAACAACUCAAAAAGCGACAUUGAUAACCGCUAAUUAUUUGAUUUACAUAAAAAGAUUACUACACCUUAUGCCUUGAAAUGUCUGACUUGAUUAUAUGUUGUGUAUUUUUCUUUUUAUUACUGAUUGUAUUUGUAUGAUUACAGAUUAGAUGAUUUAGUUUGAGUUUUUCAGUUCGUUUUUUAGGUAGCAACUUGAUUCAAUUAUUUGAAAAUGGUGAUUGUUUAUGUUUACCUUUCUUCCGUUACUUAUAAUUCAUAGAUAUAUAUAUCCAGUGUUGCUGUAGUGGCUUGAUUCCAAUUCACUGCUGUCUAAUUAUUAAGAUAAUCACUGCUAUGGAAGCAUGAGACAGGUCCGAUGGUUUUCAUCACUAUAUAUAUUUUAUUUACAAAAUCCACUACACAAUAAGAAAUAAGUCUCCAAGUAUGAAUAACAUAAUUGACAUAAUCUCAUACACUUCAUAUACUUUGUAAUAUACACACAUGGAUGAUAGCUAUUCCGAUGCUAUAAGAUAUAUACUUAAAUCAUUGCGAGAGCAAAGAUACAUAAUUCAGCAUCCAUCUUGACCAUUCGAAUUCUCUUCCUGUUGCUCUGCGCAUGACAUUCCAAAAUAAAACGUUAUGUUAAUAUUAAAAUACGAAACAAUUCAAUAUUGUAAUUAUAAAGUUGUUACAUGAUAAAAAAAUAUUCUAAAAGAAUUUUAUUCUGACUUGAAAUGGAUGGAGAAUGAAAUGACUGGGUAAUCUCAUAACUGUUACAUUACUACCAAAUACAUGCAUCAUAGUGUUUGAAAAAAAUAUAAAUAGAUAUAGCUAAAUUUUCACUAACAUCUCUUUGUUUUAAUUAAGUGUAGAAUGAUCAUCAACUAAUUUUCAGGUAUGAAUUUUUCAAAUACACUUUUUGGAGGGGGUUCUUUAAAUAUGUGCAAAAAGUUCCUGCAUUUUGAAGUUUUCUAAAAGAUUUUGGGGAGGGUUUUAAUGAAACAGGGUGCUUGCAUAUAAUUAUUGUAAUCAAUUAAAUUAUUGAUUUUUUUUUUGGGGGGGGGGGGGGGUUGUUGGUGGUUUUUUAAAAAAAAUUGUAAGUUCCCUUUGUGUUAAAAAUGAUUUUGGGGAGGGUUUUAAUGAAACAGGGUGCUUGCAUAUAAUUAUUGUAAUCAAUUAAAUUAUUGAUUUUUUUUUUGGGGGGGGGGGGGGGUUGUUAGUGGUUCUGUAAAAAAAAUUGUCAGUCCCCUUAGUGUUAAAAACUAGCUAUGCUACUGAGGGACUAUAGUACAUUCUUAUACAAAGAUUAAUCAACUUUUCUAAAUCUUAUAGCACAUACAUUAUUUAUUAUUUUUUUAAAGUUUCCAGUGCUUUUUAGAUAAUGAGUAUGGACCAUUUUUUUUGAUGGCAUCCGUCCAUCAUAAUGUGACAAUGGUAUGGAAUUCGCAGGACGAAAUCCACAAGGCCAGGGAUAUUUCUUCUAGGAUAAUAAGAUGGUUCCCAACAGCAAACCACCUCUCUUCACGCUCUGGAUUAUGCAAGGGAACACCAGUGUCGCAGCAAGAGUUGUCGGAAUAUUCAAUUGUCUGCCUACGGGACUCCAUCUCCGGCAUCGAAUUCAGAGUUCCCAUCCCCCCGGUCCCUGGUGAUGUUUUUGCUUGACUGGGCUUUGAACUCCAUACCAUCAGCUUGAGAUUUCCUCAGUUUAGACCACUUGGCCACCCAGCACCAUGUGGACCAUUAGCCUUGUAAAAUUUUUCAAUUUAAAAAUGUUUUUCAAUUCAGAAUUAUUAAACUUAAUUUUCAGCUGAAUGACCAUUUUCAGUUAAAUGAAUGUUACAAUUAUUGUCAAGUGUAUGUGAUUCAUCUGUGUGACACAAUUAUCAAUGAAUGUUGGCACAGGCUUUCAAUGGAAGAGCUCCAGACCAGAGUGAGUAAACUAGACAUUGUGACAACUUUAAAGGAACGUAACUCAGACUUCACUGAGCGCAUGAUGACUCGAGUUUAUCCAACUUUGGCUGGUGCUGAUAUGCGAGGACUUGCUUACUUCUUCAGUCUUCUGGAGGGUGUACAGGAGAAGGUCUUAUGUGGGCUGUCAGCAUCAGAACACUCUGCGCUGCUAAAAAAACUGAAAUCAGCUUGUCCUAGUAAGUAUAAUAUCUUGUUUAAUUUUCUCCAAACCAAAGAGACUAUUACAUAAUUAUUACUAAUUUGAAAGCUAUAAUUAAAUAAUUUGAAUAACAAAUUACUUAUUACUAGAUGAUGAUUUCCCUAUAUGGACUGAUGUCAACAUAUUAUGCAGUAGAUUAUUUUAUAUUUAUUUGCACACAUAUAUUUUUGAAAAUGUUUUUAUUCUUCUUUACGUGUGCCAUUUCAGGUCUUGACUAUAAGAAAUUAAUGGAUAAUGUGACAGCCCCAGUCGAUGUGCUACAGCCAUGUCUCACAGCUAACAACAUUCACACCCUGGCCAAGCUUGCACCACAGAUUCCUAAUAAAGUAUGUAGUGGCACAUAUAACCUAGAACUAAAUAGUCAGCUUCUUGCUAGUCUGCUCAUUGCCUCACAUCGACAUCUAAAAAUAGCCACCACCCAUGCUUGCAGCUGUUCAAUGCAAAUCUUUUUAGACAGGGUGUGGUGCGACCUUGACAGGAUGACCCUCAGGCUGCAUAAACAAUUUAUUAAAAAAAAAACAACAGUUAAAAUAGUUAACAGGUAAAAUUAAUGACAGGACUUCUAGAUAGUACCAUUGAAGCUAUAUAUAAUAUAUAAAUAUGAAGCUAUAUAUAAUAUAUAAAUACCAGUGGGGAGGAAAUUUUUGUUAAAUUUCUUUAUCCCAUGGUGGAUGAAAUAAUAAAUAUAUUGUAAUUUUUUUUAUCCUUGUUCUAAUAAUCCAGAUCUAAAAAAAAAGAUUUACUUUCAUUAAUAUUUUGAAUUUAAAAAAUUAACUAAAUUUGCAAUCAGAUUAAUUCAAAAGAAAUAUUAGAGCUUUGUGUUAAAUAUCCAUGUAUAGGUAUUAUUGUUUCAGCAAUUUGUACUUAAUUUUGUUUGAAGGAGAAUGGUUUCUUACACCCAAGUUGUCUGUACAGUUAUUGGGCUACACAAGUAUUUUUGGUGGGAGAUGGGAAAAAGAAAUGGCCUCCAGAAAUUAUGGUAAGUUGUAAAUGAAUGAAUUUAAGUGUCACUUGAAUUCAUGUCUUUGUUAAUCUUUUACAGAGUUUUAAAGACAAAUAAAUAAAAGUAUAUAAUAUAUUAUUUAAUCAAAUAUUCCUUAUGUGUGUUUGUUCAUUGUUUACCUCUCUUCUUAGUCUGGAUGGAUCCAUCACUAUGAAUCUUUGUUUGAACUGAUCCAAAAGCUAAGACCUGAAGAUCUCCUGAAUUUUAUUGACUCCAUUGUGUUCACUCCAUCUUCAAGGAAACUGGUAUGUUAAAAGCUUUUAACAUUGAGAGAUUAUCUCAUGAUAAACAACUUCUUGUUGUAUUUAUAUUAUUCAAAUCAACUGUCCGUUGUCAGCCUUCUAUUGAUCAAUUUUUGUCUCCCCAAUCAGAUGGACGUACCUUGUCGCCAAGAAAUCACCAAAAGAGCCCUCAAAUUUUCACGGCAAAGUAACAGUGGUAAAAAAAAGAAACAAGAAGAUUCUGUGUAAGCUGAAUAUUUAAAUCAACUGAAACUUUUAUCAUUAUUUUAUGUAUUAUUAACAAAAUUCUAAAUAGCUUUAUAAAACAAAUAAGUAACUUAAGGAUUGGUCAGUAAUAAGGCAUACAUUUUAAAACCUUUAGAAUGAAACAGAGUUGAGAUGAGUUUUAUCAUUUUUGUUUACAUUGGUCUGCUUGUGGACACUUGGUUUACUGUUGGUAUAAUAAGGUUCUCUCUCCAAACCACGAUUUUAUUUUAGAUCACAACGUUGAUUUAUUUGACGCCUGCUUCAUUGGGUUGUUAAUGUCCAUAAAUGUAAUAUAAUAAAUAAACACUAUAAUUUCUGCUUUUUCUAACAGGAAGUCAAGCUGGGAUGACUGUUGUAAUCAACUGGAGUUAAGAUUAACUCAUCUCAAAUCUCUGACUAAUGACACGAUUCAGUCAUUUGCUCAAGCCACUGACUCAACUUUCUUCUCUUAUGCUGAGAGAUAUGACUUGUCGAAAGGAGAUUUACAGCAGGUAAAAUUAAUGACAGGACUUCUAGUUAGGACCAUUGAAGCUAUAUAUAAUAUAUAAAUAUGAAUCUAUAUAUAAUAUAUAAAUACCAGUAUUUGAAAAGAAACAAAACUAAUUUCUGUUAAUAAAUCCCUAUCUUUAGCUAUGUCCCACAAACUUCUGUUUCAUCUUAUUCCAUUAGAUAUUAUUCCACUUUUAAUACAUGACUCUUAAUUUGUUUGUGUUGCUGAAAUACAUUUCAUUAACAAAAUUCUUAACAAUUUCCCCAGUUGGAAGUGCUGCUGGUACAGAUGAUUUUAGAUGGCCAGGCUGUUGAACUUGUGGAUGAUAUCCUUCAAGUAGCUCCCCCUACUUCACUGAAAACUCGCACUAUUGUGAGACAAGCUGUAACUCUCAUUGUUAAAUCACUUAGGUACUUCAUAUUUGAUGUUAGUCCUUUAGAUGUACACAAAGAUUAAAUCCAUUCUAGUUAUUUGUACAAAUUCAGCGCUAUGAAGUCACAGGGGUUCAUGUGCAUAUUUACUUUUUCACCAUAAUCUUAUUUCCAAAUUGUUUACAUGUCUUAACUACACUUUAAUGAGCUGUGGUCUCUGCCAAUUCUUUUGUUGAUUAAUUGUGUAAUUUUUCCAAUAAAAAGGUUUUGUUUGUUUAAUUUUUCCAAUGAAGAGGUGAAGAUGUGAAAAAAGAGGUGACUGUGACCAAGUCAUGGCUGGAAGUGUUGGAACUGGUUGUAGAAAAUGUAAGAGAGCAUCAGGACAAUGGGUGAGUUGUGCUUACUGAGGACAUCGUGAAAUUUAUUAGCAUUUUUGCUUUGUCCCGAUAAAAAACAAAAAACAAUUUGUAAAAGUUUUUUUAAGAUUCAAGUCAAUUGAAUACAACUUAAUGUAUCGGCAACUAGGAAAAUGCAUAUCUUUGAAAUUGGUCAGGACAUUUCAAACUUACAACACACAGAUAAUAUAUUUUUGCUAUAUAAUUCCCAAACUUUCUUAUUUUAAAUCCAGGGGAGAUUUGGUACAGGCUGAAGAUGUUAUUUCAUUACUAAGAGCUUUUUGUUCUGAUAGUUCCAUUGAAGUUCAACAUCGACUUGAUGUAUUACGGGUAUUAGAAAAGGUAAUUUGCAUCUGUAAUUUUUAAAAAGAGAAAAAAAAUAAUAGUUAAGUAAUAAUUUAAAAUAUAAACAAAACAUUUUCAUUUUAGGACAUAACUGGACAAAAUAAAAAUUUUUUUACGCCCAACUACCGCAGCUUUUUUUGUGCUCAAUAUUUAAAUAUGUAUCUGAUUAUUGCAGAGUUUUGACUUAUCUGAAUGUGAUAAAACACUAUUGACCUUGUACAGAACACAAGCACUUGUGUCUUCUGCAUGGCCCCAGACAGAGGUCAGCUUUUCAACUAUUUACAGUCAUAAUUAGGAUUGAUCAUGAAAACUUAUUUUCAGCUGCAUACCUUUUGCUAUAUUAGACACUUAAGUCAUUACUGAUGUCUUUAUUUAUAACUAUAAUUUAUGUAACUCUUUAUGUAUAAACUUAAAAACAGUUCAUGACAUUUAGUUAAUUGUGUGAAUUUGAUUCAGAUAAGUGAGGCUAAUAUAAUGUCAGAAGAGUCACGACUGGUGCUUGUGUCUCAACUACUUGACCAAAGUACAAGCAAGGAACAUUUCAUCACAUUGGGACGAUUACUGAAUGUCUGGCCAACUUUGUCUGCCACUAAUAGGUUGGUUGUAAUCUCCACGGAACAUUUGCUCACUGGCAUAAAGUACCAAUAUUCUUUAACUCAAGUCAAUAAACAUGAAUAGAGAAAACUUAAGCUGAAGAAAAAAAACACAUUAAAAUUUACAUAAAGUCAUGAUCUAAUGUAAUACAUUAUUGAUUGCCAGCUCAAAUCCUGAGACCAAUCUUUGGGUACAGUUAUUUAAAGCUGUUGUUGCAAGCCAAGGUCAAGAUGGUGGGAACAUCAUCAACAAUUUACUGGAGAAGGAAUGUUCAGUUUUCCCACUUGAUGAAAAGGUUAACAUCUAUUUCAUAGAAUUGUAGAUUAUUAUGAUAAAGAAACAUUAUUUUGUGCCUUUUAGAAACACAUCCAACAAAAUAGUUUUCAAUGGUAUAAUAGGAUCAAAUAGGUCUGCUAUUCAAAACUUACAGCUCCAUGAUAAUGCCCACAUCCAUGCGCAGAUAGAUACACUGAAUGCAAUGUUCUACAGCCGGGGAUAAACCUAUACUUCUUUUGUGUCCUCACAUCAUACAUUCACAUAUAGUUAGAAUUCAGAAUGCUAUCACUUUGAAUGUUCAUUGAAGCUGUUUAUAUGAAAAGAUACAAUGAAACAAAAUGUAUUUAAACUAACAAAUUUGAUGGACCUAACUAACUUUGUUUAAAAACUUCUCUUGUAUUAGAGUUAACUUUUGUUUUCAGUGCACAGAAGAGAUCUAUGACAUGCUGUGUGAACAUGAUCAGCCAAUCUUUAGUGUCAAGUUAGCCUUGAGAUGUCCCCACCAAAAACUUAUAGAGAAAUCCCUAACUCUCCUGGCCAAUCUCACUCAGGUAAUAAUUAGGGUAAUAUAAAUAAGGGCAUCGUAACUUUUGUCAGAAAAGUGAAAAGGAAAUGUAGCUCUUUGUAAAUUUCCAUAAAUAGGAAAUCUUUUUUGUUUUUGAAUUUAAUAUCAUAAAUGGGUGUUCUAAUGUACACAUAUUUAAUUUUAAUAUGGCUUGAUUGAGUUACUAGGACAAUUAAAUGAAAUUUUUUUCAAUAAUUUCCUCAGGGCAUUGAAGAUGAAGAUUUAUUUCAACUUAUCUUGCACAAGAAGCUGGCCCCUCAAAUUGUUUCAAUGCCUGUGUUUUCUCCACUUAUAAAUUACCUACUUGAAGUUCAAGAUCCUGCAGACUUGGUCUCAACUGCAAUGGUUGCCUCACAGCUUUCAGAAGCAGGCUUCACAGUGGAGGCCGGUUCUUUGAUGUUACAAGCCCAGUCCAGUCAUUCUUUGCUACUGACUUUCAACUCAGCUCUUAUUUCCACUGCUCGUAAAUCUAAAUAAAUGUGCAGUCUUAUUUUAGAUCUGGAUCACAAUGUUGUGCUAGUAAAUAUCAAACUUUAUGUCCAUGAUGCCAAGGAAGUUCAAUGUUUAACAUAAUUAUUUAUUUACAUUUGAGAUUUUUGAGAGAGUUCAUUAGAUUUAUGACCAGCUCUAGCUUGUGGAAGUCUGUAUAAGGACAUUAUCAGGACUUUCUUGUUUAAUGCUAAUCAAGGGUUGAUACCCAUACUAGAGCUGAAGUUGUAUAUUGCUGUAUUGCUGUGGUAAAGGAUGAUUUUAGAUUUCUAAAACACACACCUCCAACAAAAAUACCUUGUUAUUUAUUUUCAUUUUCUCUCACCUUAGAUUUCCAAUUUAAUUUAUUGCUCAGUUUGAUUUGAUUGUUGUACAUUUGGUGAAGGGGGGAAAGUGUUACUUUUCAAUUUUCUUUGUUAAUGUUAGUCUUUCAAAUAUUUGCUGUUAUGGCACUGCCGUAAACUUCUUAAAAAUGUCUACAAAUAUAUUAAUUCAAUUUUGCAUUUGAUAUAAUUGUGUUUCUUUAGAACUAACAGUGUUGUAAGUUUCUUAGAAGAUAAAUAUUUGAAUAACCCGAGUCUCACAAUAUCUUGUUUUCAAUGAUGACUAAAUUGAUACAAGCUCUAUGUUGACAUGCAGAAUGAAUCAUCUCCUAACUUGACAUAAACAGUAAGAAAAAUCAUAUCCACAGAAAACUUAUUUGCUAGAACAUCAGUCAAGUCACAUGUUGAGGAGUAUAGUUUUAUUUGGUAUUUAGCUUCGUUAUGGCAUUUUUUGAAAUGGAUAAACUAUUUGAUGAAUGAUAGGUGGGUCAUCGUUAAAAUGAGAGAAAGUAUGACACCUUUAAUAUAAAUAAAUGAUCACAAAUUUAUUUUUGUUGAAACAUAUUGGACAACUUGGAAUACCAAGAAAUACAAAUUUCAUUUCUUAAAUGUGGUUUAAUGUUAACUUGUUUUUCUUCUUUGUGGUUGUUCUAGGUACUAAGUUUCAUUAAAUAGUUCAGUUACUUUUAAAAGUCAUGUUUGAAACACUACUUGUUUAUCACCACUUUAAGUCAAGCAGGUCUCUACCUUUUAUGUUGAUCAGAGGACUUUGACUGCAAAUGACAACUUUUAUUUCUUCAUGUUAAUGAUCUAAAAAGUGAUUAGAAUAAAACUGUUAUAUGAUUUAGUAUG